CAACAAUAAGAUAAACGUGAAAACGGUCGGUACAAAAGAUGAGUGAAACGUAUUACAGAAAUGAUAAGUUAUCCAAACUGCAAGCAGAACUCGAGCAAGAGAGAGAGGUCAAUGAGAUGUUGCAGGACUCUGUGUGUGAUUUGAGGAGCACGUUGGCUGAUUUGGAGGAAAGACUUAACAGUGUGGAUGGAGAAGAGAAUGAAUGGCGGACCAGAUAUGAGACGCAGCUGGAGCUCAACGGGCAGCUGGAGACGCAAAUCAGUGUCGUCAGAGAGAGACUCGAGAGCCUCCGCGGUGACCCUGCAGACCGACUGGCUUCUAUUCGCUCAUAUGAUGAAAUGCCAGUGGAUGAUCUCAGACAGAAAUUGAAACUGCUGAUUACUGAGAAGAAUAGUCUACAAACUCAACUCCUGGACCUUCAAAUGAGAAUCGUGCAAGAAGGAAAGGUUUAUCAGAAGGUCUAUGAAGAGAGGCGGGCCUAUCUUGCCGAGAUUGCGUUGCUGUCCUCAACUUUGGAUCUCAAUAGAAGGCAGCAGAUGGUUCAGGCCCGAAGGACGGCACAAAGCCAAGGAAAAAACAGAGCCCAGGAGAGUCUAAAACAAGGUUCAAAUAAGGUGAUGAUGGGGUCUGUUAGAAGAACAGCAGCACUAAGUCGACUGCCUCGAUUAAAACGCUAAUGUUGCGGAAUGCAUUACUUACACAUUUUUAUUCAUAUUGAGAUUUCAAAUGAAGCAAUAUUUUUGUAUGGUUAUAAUUUUCUGAAGGGACAACUAAC